AAUAUACUAAUUCAUUUAAAAUAUGCAACACAAACGACUUUUUUUAUCAAUAACUGUAUUUAUGCUUAUUUGUGAAUUUGCAAAAUGUUACACUGUAGAAAAAUAUUCUUUUCUUAUGCCAAAUGUGCAACCAAGCAUCCCAGAAUUAUAUCUUUGUAGUCCAGUAAAAAUAGACAAUGAAAAUACUUACUAUAUUGUUGGAUUUGAGCCGAAUGCAACUAUGAAUACUGCACAUCAUAUUAUUUUAUAUAGUUGCUCAACACCAGGAAGUGCUGAACCAAUAUGGAAUUGCGGAGAAAUGUCAUUUACUGAAAGUUUAUUUAUGACCAUUGCUAGCCCAUGUCAAGAUAGUUCUGAAAUUAUUUAUGCAUGGGCUAGAGAUGCACCUGAACUAAUUCUUCCAGAUAAUGUGGGAUUUAAAGUAGGAAAGGGUUCUCUUAUAAAAUAUUUAGUACUUCAAAUACAUUAUGCACAUAUCGAUAAAUUUAAGGAUGGAACUACAGAUGAUUCUGGUAUUACAUUACAUCUUACAAGGCAGCCUUUAAAUAAAUUAGCUGGUGUAUAUAUAUUAGGAACUGGUGGUGGAAUUCCCCCUCACAGUGUAGAAUAUAUGGAAUCAUCUUGUGAAAUAUCAGAAAACAAGACGAUUCAUCCAUUUGCUUAUAGAGUUCAUACGCAUAGUUUAGGAAAAAUUGUAUCUGGGUAUGUCAUUAGAAAUAAUAAAUGGAUAGAACUUGGAAAGCGUGAUCCUCUUAAGCCACAAAUGUUUUACAAUAUUCAUUAUAAUGGAACAAUAAAAUAUGGUGAUAGAUUAGCUGCUCGAUGUACAAUGCAAAGCGAGCUUGACACAUGGACUUAUGUAGGAAAUACGAAUAAUGAUGAAAUGUGCAAUUUCUAUUUAAUGUAUUACGUUGAAAAUGAAGAACCAUUAAGUAAUAAAUUUUGUUUUAGUUCUGGUCCACCUAAGUAUUACUGGCAUAUAGAUGGAUUAAUAAAUAUACCUGAUAGAGAAGCUUCUACAUUGUAGAGAAUUUGUUAUACCAUUAAAUUAUCUUUUAUUUAUAAAAUAUACAUUUCAAAUGAUUAAAUUAUUAA